CACCACUCAGAGAAUCUGUGCCUUGAAGGGGUCAACAGUGAAGCUGACCUGCUCUUUCAGAUAUCCCAGAGGUCAUAAAGUCACAUCAACCUUCUGGUUCACUAAAAUGGAGGCUGGUAUAGAACCUGAAGAUAUAGGUCAGAACCAAGAGUAUGCAGGUCGUCUGGAGUAUCAUGGGGAUAAGAAGAAAGACUGUACCCUGAAAAUCACAGACCUGAGAGAGAGAGACUCAGCUACGUACACGUUCAGAUUUAUAACAGAUCAGACAAGAGGGAGAUAUUAUGGCGAUCCUGGAGUCACUCUGACUGUCACAGGUCUUCAGGUGAAGGUGACUGGUGGACAUCAGGAUAAGACACUGACCUGUAGCACCACCUGUACUCUGACUGACAACCCCACCUACAUCUGGUACAAGAACGGACACAAAGUAAAGGAGGACACCUCCAGCCUGGACUCAGACUCCUUUAGUGAUACAGACAGUUACUCCUGUGCUGUAAAAGGCCACGAGGAUCUCCACUCUCCUGCAGUGUAUGGACCAAGGAACACCUCAGUGUCAGUCAGUCCUUCUGGUGAAAUAGUGGAGGGCAGUUCAGUGACUCUGACCUGCAGCAGUGAUGCCAACCCACCUGUGCAGAGUUACACCUGGUGGUACAAGAAGAAUGGAGGUGAACAUCAGAGUAUGACAGGACCACAGCAUGUCUUCAAUCAAAUCCAGUCAUCUGACACUGGAGAGUACUACUGUGAGUCCCAGAAUGAGAUGGGGACAGACAGGUCUAGGACCAUGAACAUGGAUGUGAAGUAUAACCCAAAGAACACCUCAGUGUCAGUCAGUCCCUCUGGUGAAAUAGUGGAGGGCAGUUCAGUGACUCUGACCUGCAGCAGUGAUGCCAACCCACCUGUGGACAAAUACACCUGGUACAAGAAGAACGUAACCUCACCAAAAGCAUCAGGACAGAGUUACAGCAUCACUAACAUCAUCUCUGAGGACAGAGGAGAAUAUUACUGUGAGGCCCAGAAUAAAUAUGGACGUCUCAACUCUUCUUCUGUGUUUGUGGACGUUCAGUAUGGCCCAAAGAACACUUCAGUGUCAGUCAGUCCCUCUGGUGAAAUAGUGGAGGGCAGUUCAGUGACUCUGACCUGCAGCAGUGAUGCCAACCCACCUGUGGACAAAUACACCUGGUACUUUCAAAACGAGACUUUUCUAAAUGGAUGUGGACAGAUCUACAACAUAAGUAACUUCAAGUCUAAGGACAGUGGACAUUACCACUGUGAGGCCUGGAAUAGAAAAGGAUCUAGGAACUCUACAGCUCUGAUGAUCAUUAUACCAGGUAAACAAACAGUUCUGACUGCAGCUGUAGGAAUCAUAGUGGUUGUUCUGGUUCUCAUCCUCUGUCUCUCUGGACUCAUGUGGUUCAGGAGAUCCACAGGAGGAAGUGAUGCCACAGCAGACACACAGAGUGUCCGUCCUGACUGUAACAGUGACACGUACACAGCUCUGAACAUGAGGACCAUGUCCUCUGACUAUGACACUUUGGCAAGUGUCCAUGCUGACCCUACCAGGGACCCCAACAGUGACACAUACACAGCUCUGAACAUGAAGACCAGGUCACCAGAGUAUGACACCCUGGCAAAUGUGAGACUCUCCCAGUGACACAUCCCCUCAGAUAGAUGCUGAGCCCUCCGAUUAUGAGAACGUAAGAGAACUACCAUGGACCCUGGACUGAAGAGAACCACCACAGAACCUGGACUGAAGAGAACCACCACAGAACCUGAAUUGAAGAGAACCACCACAAAACCUGGACUAAAGACAGCCCCCGCAGAACCUGGACUGAAGAGAGCCCCUGCAAAACCUGGACUGAAGAGAGCCCCCGCAGAACCUGGACUGAAGAGAGCCCACCGCAGAACCUGGACUGAGGAGAGCCACUGCAGAGCCUGGACUAAAGAGAGCCACUGCAGAACAUAGAGUGAAGAGAGCCACCACAGAACCUGGACUAAAGAGAACCACCACAGAACCUAGACUGAAGAGAGCCACCACAGAACCUGGACUGUAGAUCUUCGGCACUAAACCAAAGAAAGGCCUUACAUCUCUAUUAUCCUGCUGUCAUAUCUAGAAGUGUGAGGACAGACACCGAGAGAUGAGAAGAAAGUACAGGGAGUGAACAUUUAAUAAAUAACAGACAUGAAACAAAACACGGACAGUGUCUGGACAAGGGAAACAAAACACGGACAGUGUCUGGACAAGGGAAACAAAACACGGACAGUGUCUGGACAAGGGAAACAAAACACGGACAGUGUCUGGACAAGGGAAACAAAACAUGGACAGUGUCUGGACAAGGGAAACAAAACAACAUCAAUGCUGACAGGGGCAUCAAACUGAGGAAUAGACAGAUUUAAGGGAGGCAAUCAAUAAAGUGAUGGAGUCCAGGUGAGUCCAAUGAAGCGCUGAUGCGCAUAACGAUGGUGACAGCUGUGUGUAAUGAUGGGCAGCCAGGGAGGGGGAACGGGAGCAGGCAUGACAAGUAGGUUUUCCAGACCAUUAGUAAUUAUGUAAAUGCUGGAGUUGAUUUCUCAGUCCUUGACAUUAUAAUGAUGUAGAUUGAUAAUUAAUGGGAUAGAUUAUGCUUCUGCUAUUUUCUAUGGGAUUUUGCCUUUUCCAGAUUUUUUAUAACAUAAAUAUCUGUCUUUUCUCGUGUACAUAUUUGUUUACUAUCUAUAGUUUAGACUUUUCGAUGUUUUUAUUACCUAAUGUUCUUUUCUCAGUGUCUAAUACGGAUAAUAUUGAUAACAGUUUUUGUAAUGUGUAUCUCUCUUGGACCAAGGUGCUCUUGAAAUGUACAAAUGAUCUACUUUGUAUUGUUGUCAGACAUUAUUGUGCAACAGCAUUCAUGAACGUGAAUAUUAAUAACAUAAUCACACUUGUUUUCUUGUGAAAUUAUUCAUUAUUACCUCCUUUAGAUAAAGUGUGAUUCAGUGUAAUGUAUGCAUCAUGUUGUAAAUUAGCUCACAAUAAAUACAAAAUAUUGUGUGAAAUAUUA